AAAUGAGCGCAUUUGAGGAGACGUCUUUCAAAAUCUCUGUCGAUGGUGAAGUAUACCUGAUGCAGGAAAUCAAAUCCUAUGAUGAUUUGAAACUUAAAAUUUUCGAACAAUUACAAAUGAAAGAUAACCAAUACCAUCUCAUUGAUCCAAUGAGUGUUACUCCUAUAUUCAAAAAUAAUAGUGGUCUUGAGGGUGUGAUCAAAAACUCUCUUAUGAAACCUCCAAAGCUCAUUUUACAAAAGGUUGAGAGAAUAUCCAAGAACGACCAAGAUCAUUUGGAUUUAUUAUUUAGUAAUGCCAAGACUCAAGAAGGAGAGGUGAUCGAGCCAGAGGGAUCAGACACUAACCAGUCUCAAAAGCUUUCUCCAGUUGAGAAGAACACUACUGUAGAGCCUCGAACAGCUGAGCCCGUAGAAGAGACUAAAGAGCCAAUAAACUCUUCUCUUGAGAAGAGCAAUGAUCAAAAAGCUGAUUCUCAGCAGGCAAGUGUCUCUCGGGACGAACUUGAUUUAGACAAAUCCGAAAUUCAAGAGGAAGCUAAAUAAGACCCAAGAGGAGCUGUACGAACACAUUCAGAGCCUUCUACCAAAAGGAAUGGAGCAAGUCAUUAAGCUAGUCACUGACAAGACUAGUAAAUUUAAGGCAAAAUCACAGCUACAAAGGGAUAUCAACUUAUUUAAAGGAGUUUUCCAUAAAAAUGUAAAGUGCACUUCGUGUAAGCAAAAACCCAUUAUUGGCAUCAGAUAUAAAUGCCCCAUCUGAAAUAAGUAUGAUGUCUGUGCUAAGUGUGAGGCUGAAGAUAGCCACGAACACGGGCUCCUGAAGAUCAGAACGCCCAAAGACUUUGCACAAUUUUUGAACUUGAUUCCUAAAUAAAUUUGUUCUCGCGAAUAUU